AUGGAGUAUCUAAAGAGAGUGCACAUGUCGGAGCUGAACGGCAUGUCCUGGGAGGAGAAGGAAAAAGUCUCUGAGCGGGUCAUUGGCAUCACAAAGGGGGAGGUGAACGAGAUAAUUAAGAUAAACAGUCUUGCGAGAAAACUGGAAAUAUUCAUACGCCAUGCGUCAACGGACUCCCUUGGGCUGUUGCUGGAGAAUCUAAAGAUUUUGGACGUGCACAACAAAAACAUCACAUAUGCGCUGGAGAGCAUUCUGAAGCGAAUAGAAGACCACAAAAUACUCACAGACGCGUACAAGUCGCUCGUGGAAAAGGUUUCAAAGCUCGUGUGCAAGAACAUCACGAAGUCCCUCAGAAGCAAAGGCACAAACCACAUCAUACGCGCCCUGCUGCGGAUAGACCACAAAAGCGAGGGCCUCAAAGACGAGAUGAAAGCUCUUCCGAUGGGGCACUUCCUGGAGGAGUCGACAAGGUCCGCAACGUACGCGGAGUACCUUGUGCGCGCAGAGAGCAGCGAGAGGGAGCGGGUGGUUGCGUACUUGGUGGAGAGCAUGCGCGUGGAGAACGUGAAAAACUACAACUCUUUUCUGUACGAGAUAGCGUGCAGGUUUGCAAGCAGGGAGCAGCUCGACAAAAUGUACGCGGUGAUCCGGCCGGUUCUCAUGGACAUCUGCAAAGACCCCGUGGGCAACUACUUCAUGCAGGCGUUUGUCUCGGCGUUCUCGGCACAGACGGUGUACGCGGAGAUCGAGGGGGAGGUGCACACGUUCCAGGCGAACAACAACGUGCUGCACAAGCUGCUCAUCCGGGCUGCAGAGGAAGGGGCUGUGCAUGUUUUGGAGAGCGCAGUCAAGAGAGUUUUUAGACAGGACCAGCUCAUGCAUACGUUGCUGUUCCACGGGGCAGACGGAUUCGACUCUAAGUCGUACAAGCUGGGAGUGAAGUACCUGCAGGUCCCGACAAGGUACCGGGAGGAGAUGCAGGUGCAGUGCCUGGGUCUGUACGAGGCAUUCUGGGUGCGCAACAGAAUCGGGCAGGAGAUUAUUGUGGAGCUGCUGAGAUCGGGGCUGGGCACGGAGCUGAAAACGCUCUUCCUGAGCACGCUCUGCAGAGACUUGGUCGGCAUAAAGGAGGCCCGGGGCGGGGAGAAGGUGCUGGAUGCAAUGUGGAAAGUGGCAGAUGCGGGCGUGAGGAGGAAAAUAUCCGCCGUGCGAAGCAGAGAAUAA